AUGAGGGCUCUCAUACAAGCUCAAAUAAAGCAAUUGCUGGACAUUGUAGGUUUAGACGAAGCAAGUUUAAAAAUUUUGAUAUGUACAUUACUUUCAUAUCCUUUUGGGAUAAUAUUUAAAAGAAUACCAGAUCAACAAUAUUUUUUCAAAAACCUUUAUAAUGUAUUAGUUUCGUCGUUUUAUGUAUUUGCUAUUUGUGAUUUAAGAGCAGGGUUGGGAACUUUGCUAAUUUCAUCGUUGGGCUCAUAUUUUAUAACAAGAUAUCUAAGAACUCCAAGUAUGCCUUGGGUAAACUUCUUUUUUUUAAUGGCACACAUGUUCUAUAGUCAUGUUCAUUUACAAUUUUUUGCUGAAUAUGAUCCAAAGGUAAUUGAUAUCACGGGUGCUCAGAUGAUCCUUGUGAUGAAAUUGUCAGCUUUCGGUUGGAGCAUAUAUGACGGAAAACAACCACAAGAUGCACUAAGUGAAUAUAACAAGUCCAGAGCUAUCUACAAACAUCCAAACAUAUUGCCCUUCAUAGGGUAUGUGUUUUUUUAUGCUUCAUUAUUGACUGGUCCAGCUUUCGAUUACGCUGAUUAUGACAAAUUUAUUCAUGCAACUUUAUUUGAUGAUGUACCAGAAGAAAAAAGACCCGGAAGAAUUAGAAAAAGGAAGAUACCAAGAAGUGGGUUUGAAGCUUUCUCGAAAUUAAGUCAGGGCAUCUUUUGGGCCAUUUUAUUGUUUCAAGCACCAAAAUAUGUUGAAACUGAUUACAUGUUCACAUCCGCGUAUAAAAAUAAACAUGGAUUCUUAUGGCGGGUGAUUUAUAUGUAUUUUUUGGGAUUCUCAUACAGGUUGAAAUAUUAUGCAAUUUGGUUAAUUGCAGAAGGUGCAUGUAUAUUAUGUGGAAUAGGAUACAAUGGAAUUGAUCCGAAAACAGAUAAAUUUAAAUGGAACAGAGUUCAAAACAUUGAUCCCAUAGCUUUUGAAUUGGGCCAAAAUGUUCACGAGUGUCUAGAAGCGUGGAACCAAAAUACAAAUAAAUGGUUGAAACAUUAUGUUUAUUUGAGAGUUGCAAAAAAGGGUAAAAAACCUGGGUUUAAAAGCACUGUGUUUACAUUUGCCACUAGUGCAUUUUGGCAUGGAACCAGACCGGGCUAUUAUUUGACAUUUGUGUUGGGUGCAUUAUUGCAAACCGUUGGUAAAAUUUAUAGAAGGAACAUUAGACCUUAUUUUUUAGAAAGCGAUGGUAAAACCCCCAAACCAUCUAAAAGAAUUUAUAACAUAGUAAGCUGGAUCUCCACCCAAGUAGCAUUUGGAUUUUUGGUUCAACCUUUUGUUAUACUAGAUUUCGGGAAAUCUUUGACAUGUUGGAGUACCGUUAAUUAUUGGUUACUUUGGAUAACAGGAUUUACUUUCUUCAUUUAUUCCGGUCCGUUUGCUAAAUAUUUUAAAUUUAAACUGGCAAAACCAGACAGUGAAAAACCACCUUUAAACAGAAUCAAUUCAAAACUAUCUAACGAAGAGAAAGAAGUUGUUACUAAUGCGAUACAAAGCAAGUUGGAGAAGAAUUAUGAUUCUCCAACGCUUGGAGUACCAUCAUUGGAUGUAUUUCAAAAUUUUGAUAAACAUGAAAUCGAUGAAGAUAUUCAUUUAUUAAAUAAAGCUUGGGAGUCAAUAAAAAGACGUCAAUUUAUUGAUGAUGAUGAUUUUGAUGGUUUGAAAAGUGCUUUCACCAAUUUUAGGGAUGAGAUCAAUGAAAUUUUUGAGAGAAGAAAGGAACAAAUCAAAGAAGAAAUUCAAAAUGAAACUCAAAAGCAUAAGUUACACUAA